AUGGUUCGAAAUAUAUUAGAACAAAUUUCGAAUGUUGAAGAUGCUUCUACAUCAGGAGGACAAAGAAAUUCAGAUUGGUAUAUUUCCAUUAGUCCAGACGGAAAAUAUAUUCUAAUAUUUAAUCAUGCAAUUCAAAAAUUUAAAAUUAUAGAAUUUGAUAAUUAUGAAGAAAUUGAUAAUGCAAUAUUAUAUGAUAUCGAGGAAAAUCUUUUUAAAGAAUAUAAAUCUCAAAAAGAAUCUAUGACAUCUCAUUAUAAACAACAAAACAAAAAAUCAUUUCCUAAAUGGAUGCUAGCUAUAUCAAAUCAAGUUGAAUAUAUGAAUCAAAAAGUUAUCUUCGUAGCAAUUUCUUGUGUAACAGAAUUAGAUAUGUUAGUUAAAGCAGAACCAAUCGAGUUAAAUAAUACAUUGGAACCUAUUGCAAUUCAAGUUGAUGCUAGUAUUAAAAAUUUAUCAGAAAUUAUAAAAGACAAAAAUCAGCUAAAUGGAAAAACCGUUAUUUAUAAAAUGAUUUUAAGUUCAUCUGAACAAGGUAAAGAAAAGGUAUUAAUAAAUGUUAAUAAUGGGAAAAUCAAUAAAUAUAAGGAACUAAACAUCGGUGGAGUUGUUUCGUUUGUUCAUGAUAAAUCCUCUUCUGAUAAAUUUACAAAGAUAGAUUGUUUUAUUUUUAAUGCUAAUGGAAUACAUCGACUUAGGUUUUGUGACAAUCAUUUAGAUAACUUGGAACACUUUGAUUAUCCAAGAAGAUUUAUAAUUGAACUAAAUACUUUAUAUAAGAGUGUACCUUGCAUAUCACGAAUUAAAAAUUCUGUUUUUGGUCAUUAUUUUCAUAUUGAACAAUACAGAGAAGGAAUUCAAGUUAUGCAACUUUAUGACUUAAGAACCAUGCAAAUAAGGCAAGUUUUUAAUAUACAUGAAGAAAAAAAAUAUUUAAACCAGUAUAGCAAACCUAUAUUAGCUAUUUCAAAAAAUAAACAAAUUAUCGCCUUUUCUUCUGGAUAUGGAAAAAUAGCUCUAUUUCUUAUAGAAAAUGGUUUAGAGAUUAUUAGUAAAAGUUUUGAAAAGAACACAAAAAUAAUUGCCUGUGAAUUUGAAAAUAAUGAUAAAUUAAUGAUAAUCAUUAAAAAGUCUAAAAGCGAAUAUGAAGAGAUGUUACUUUGGCAUUUAUACAAUUCUUCAAAGAAUAGAUUUCAAUCUUUCUGCACUAAUAUUAAAUCAGAAAGCGAUGAAGAAUGUAAUUCUUAUAAUGUAAGAAUUCCUGGUAAAUUUGUAACUGUAAGAUCUAAUGGUUCUAUAUUAUCAAUAUAUGAUAGUAUGCUUAAAAUAUAUAAAAUAAAACGAAACAAAUCUAUACAAGAAUUAAAUCCUUAUAGUAUAAUUUCCACUGAUAAAAGCAAAGAGGGAACACCAAAUAAAAUGAACGAAUUGGAGUAUGAAAAUAUUCACAGUGUUUUUCAUCAGGAUUUUUCAAAAAAGGAAGCAAAACCUCUUAUAUAUAAUAAAGAACCAUGGAUAAAUGAUAAUUUUGAGAAAAAGUGGAUAUACCUCGACCAAAAAGAAUCAAUACAAUUAUAUAUUGGAAAAAGUACCAUUCAAUGGAAGGAUGAUCAACAUACACAAAUUCAAUGGCCAUGUGAUAAUAACCAUGUAAUUCCUGUAAAGCAUGCUUGUGAUGCUCUUGAAUACUUAUAUUAUCAAAGAAACAAAUUAGUAGGUUAUGACAAUCAGCAUGUAUUUGAAGAAAUCAAAUUUAAUAUUUCUGUUAUCAUCUGGAAAUUUAUAAAAAAUUAUCCAGAUGUUUGGAAAUUAAUUGAUAUUCGUUAUAAUCUUAUGACAAGAAUUAUAAUUAGCGGCUCAUAUACCCUUGUUAAAUAUAUUUUAUUUGGUGACGAAAAAGUAAAAAACAAAUAUUUGCAUAUACCAAGAAUAAAUCGUUUUAUUGUUACUGAAGAAUCAAGUUCUGAAAUAAAUAAUUUCAAUUCAAAGGAAAAUAUUGAUAUAAGUAGAUUAAGUGAUUUGCAAAUAGCUAUUAGAUUAUGUAAACCAGAUUUAGAGCGUAACCGAAGAAUUUUAAUCGUGACAUAUCUACUUGAAUAUUAUGCAAUAAACGCAACUGACCAUCCCGGAUGGUUAAUUACCAUUUCAAAUGCAUUACCAGAUUUAUAUGUUCAUAAAUUAGAACAUUUAGUAAGCGAAUUAUUUUAUAAAAGAUGCAUGGAAGGUAUAGAAAUAUCUAACAUUUUAGAAUAUACUGAUUUUAUACCUAAAAGAUAUCAAAUUACUUUAAAUACAAAGCAAAAUUUUUUUGCAUUUGAUCCAAUUUCGGAUCUCAUUUCAACAAGCAAAAAGAAAAUUAAUCUAAAAGUUUUAGGAGAUAAUUUGAGAAUAGGAUUGAAAAAACUUUAUGUAAAAAUUUUUCCAAAUAAUUAUGAAUAUUAUUCUCCGACUGUUAAAAUAGUUCCUUUAUACAAAUUCACUGUUAAUAAUUUACCUCAAAAGAUAAAAAACGGUUACAAAAGUUUAUUUAUUAUUAAACUUUUAAGAUUGAUAUUUAUUCCUCGAAGUUAUUCUAUUACAAAGAAUUUUUCACAACUUAGUCCACUUGUUCAAAUUAUUAGAUUAGAAAAUAAUAAUGAUAUAUUUAACAAUCCAGUAAUGGAAGCACACAUUUUGAAGCAACAGGACAUACUUGCAAAUUUAGUUUCAAUUUCUAUAGCAAUCGUUAUAAUGUCAAUUUAUGUUACUCCUUCGUUUAGUACUAAAAAUGCAUUUGCUAAUAUUUCAACAACACAAGAGAUAACUGUUGCAAUUUCCUUUACGAUGCUAUUACUAUGGUUUGAAUUUAUAUUAUAUCUUCGAUUAUUGCCAGAACCUGCAAAAUAUAUUUAUAUUAUGAUGAAUAUUAUCAAAGAGACUUGGAUAUUUUUAUUAUUUAUGAUUCUUGUAAUUGCUGGAUUAGCACAUAGUUUUUUACUUUUAUUGCAACAUCCAGAGUUUACAAACCUUUCGGAAAUGACAUCCUCUUUUACAUUAAUGACAGAAGGUUCUGUUAAUUGGCAUAUUCAAAAAGAUUUUGAUCGAACUAAGGAUAAUCCAGCGAAGAAUUAUAUUACUUCAUUCAUCUCAACAUACAAUUGGUUAAAUGGUGCGUUUUUGCAACAAGAUAUAUGGGACUUUUGGGCUGUAAAAUUUAUUACCUUCUUUGGUUGUAUUCUUUUGAUUACUAUUCUACAAAAUAUGCUUAUUGCUUUUAUGGGGGGAGUAUAUUCUGAAGCAUAUAAAAAAGGUCGUGUUGGAUUAUUAAGAUUUCGUGCAGAAUCAAUUUCAGACUAUGAAGCGUUAGAAGAAAUAUAUUUCUAUCCUAAAUCACCGGAACCAAAAUAUAUUUAUUAUUUAGGUGAAUCCAAAAGUUAUAAAGAAUGGGAUUCAAAUGUUAAAAAACGUGAAACUGAGCAAAUUAAAUUAUAUAAUGCUUAUGAGGAAAAAAUGAUAGAAGAUCAAUUGCCUAGUAUGGAAAAGGAUGAUGAUAACGAGUCUUGGUGGGAUUAUAGUCAAGACGAUUGUCAGCGAUUUCACUUCUAA